AGAAACAAUCUUAUUUCUCUAGGUAUUCUUUUUAUAUUUAAUUUAUGUGGAAUUAUUUUAUAUUUUCUUUAUUUUUAUUAUUUCUUCAAGCAGAAUCAUAUAAAAUACAAUAUAAUGCAUCAAAUUAUUUUUUGGAUGCAAAAGAUAAAAAGAAUAUAAAGAUUCUUUUUUCUGAUAUUGAGAAGCCAGAAACUCAUCUCUCUUUAUAUCGGGUCAUUGAAUUACCAAAUAAACUUCAUGUUUUAUUAAUUAGUGAUCCAAGAACCCAACUAUCAGCAGCUUCAAUGGAUGUAGGCAUUGGAUAUUAUUCUGAUCCUGAUGAUAUUCCUGGUCUUGCUCACUUUUGUGAACAUAUACUAUUUAUGGGUUCAUUAAAAGCAAGUACUAAUAUAAACUUUUUUUCUUACAUUAAAAGGCAUAAUGGCAUAUAUAAUGCAUCUACUAGAGCAGAAGGAACAAGUUAUUUCUUUAAUAUUCCAUCUAGCUAUUUUGAACUAGCAUUGGAUAAGUUUUCCAGCUUCUUUAUUGCACCUUUGUUUUCAAGAAGUUCUGUUGAACGUGCAGUGCACGCAGUUCAAUCAGAAUUUAAUUUAUAUAAACAAUCUGAUAGUUUGCGUAUACAACAAAUUGAAAAAACACUUUCAAGUGUAGAUUCCCCAUAUAAUAAAUUUGGUAUAGGAAAUUUCCAAACAUUAAUGGUUAAUCCAAAAAAUAUCGGUAAAGAUAUUUUAGAAGAAGUUAAAACAUUUUAUAACACAUAUUAUUCUUCAAACUUGAUGAAGCUUGUUGUAGCCUCAUCAGAAUCACUUGACAGACUUCAGGAAUUAAUUCUUAAGUAUUUCUCCGAAAUUCCUAAUAAAGAUAUUCAGAGACCCGUAUUUACACAAAAGCCAUUUACGGAUAAGACUCUUGGUAUGCAAUAUUGGUAUAAAUCGAGCCUUAACUCUAUAAAAAUGGAACUUACAUUUUCUAUUGAAGUUCAAACUAAUUUUCGUAAUACUAAUCCCUCUGAAUAUUUCAGAUAUUUAAUAGAACAUAAGUCUUCUGAUUCCCUUUAUCUAUAUUUAUUAGAAGAAGGAUGGAUAGUUUCUCUAACCACCUGUACCGAAAAUAUACUUUUUGAUCUAGAUUUUUUAAGGAUAACUUUAUAUCUUACUCCUAAGGGAUUAGCUCAAUAUGAAGAAAUAAUAGUAGCAAUAUUCCAAUAUCUUAAAAUGCUUAAAGAUCAAGGACCUCAAGAGUGGAUUUUCCAUGAAUUAUUACGCUUGGGUGAUAUGAAUUUUCGUUUUUCACCUUAUAUACCAUCAUAUAAAGUUAUUUCAUAUCUCUCAAUGGUUAUGCAAAAAGCACGUUCGGAUUAUUCAGAUCUUUUAAAAUUUGGAUUUAUUACAAAAUACAGUCCAGAGAAUAUUAUUAAUUUAUUAAAUUCAUUGCACCCGGAUAAUUAUUUACUUUCUAUCUCUUCUAAUAACAAACCUAGUGAUUGGAAUUUACGGGAACAUUGGCUUGAAUCAGAAUAUAAACUUGAAUCUUUGCCAGAAACACUUGUGCAGAGAAGCAAUAAUUUACCUGCUAAUAAUUCGUUUAAACUGCCUAAACCAAACAAAUAUAUUCCGGAAAAUUAUGUCAUAAGACCUCUUUCUAAUGAAAAAGUGUACAAACCUUAUCUUGAAUAUACAGCUAGAUUUUUUCGUUACUGGUGUAAGCAAGAUGAUACUCAUUCUUCUCCUAAAACAUAUUUAUUUUUAUUUUUUAAAAUUCCAAAUUUUUCUUCUACACCUAUACAAAAAGCACUAAUAAAUAUUUAUAUAAAUAUCUUGGCAUGUAACAUUUCAGAAAUAAAAUAUUAUACAGAAGUUGCAGGGAGUCAGGUUUCUAUAUUUCCGCAUAAAUUAGGAUUUCAAUUAUUUAUAUUUGGUUAUACCGAUAAAUUAUUCGUAUUGUAUCAAGAUGUUUUAGAUGCUAUUUUAGAAUUUGAGCCCACCCCUUUUAUCUUUAAUCUUGCUCUAAAGGCAGUAAAAGACGAGAUUUUUCCUAGUCUUUAUGAUAUUUCUACUUAUCUCUAUACGGAUGGUUAUUGGCCUUCUGAUGAGAUUUUAUCUGUUUUACAAAAGGCAUUAGCAGUUGGAUCACCUCCAGAAAAUGCAUCGCUUAUUAUCGAAAAUUCUUUAAAGAAUAUUUUUUCCAAACAAUUUUAUAAUCCAUUUUAUGAUUUUGAUGCACGAACAUCUGUUCUCGAAGAAGGAAACAACUUUAUUUUUCAAUUAACGAGAGUCAAUCUGGAAGAUCUAAAUUCUCAUAUUUAUUAUUCUCUUCAAAUUGGAGAAGCGAAUAAUCCAAAAUUAUUAGUACUAGUUAAUAUUAUACACCUUAUUAUUUCGAAGAUCUCGUUUGAUCAAUUAAGAACAAAAGAGCAAUUAGGAUAUUUUCUUAAAGUCUGUUAUUCUCAGACAUUAACCAUGAUAAACUAUGAUAUUAUUCUUACAAGUGAAAGAGAUCCAUUUUAUCUGGAGCAGCGAAUAAUCGUAUAUCUAUAUAGAUUGGCGGCAAUUAUAGAAAACAUAACUGAUGAAGAAUUUAAGGAUUAUAUUGAUUCGAUUAUUCAUAAAUUUUCUUACAAAUAUGAAAACAUAUUUUUAGAAGCGAAUUUUAUUUCUUCAGGAAUAUACAAUUUUGAUUUCAGUACUAUGGCUAUCGAUGUUUUAAAGAAUUUAACAAAAGAUGAUUUAAAAAAAUUUUUCUACAAAUAUUUCUAUCCCGAUUCACCUAAUCGAAAGAAACUAUCAAUUCAUAUAAGAUCUGGGGUAUUAGAAGAGGUUUCUUCUUCUGAUCUAUCACUACAAAGAUUAUAUUAUUAUUUUAAGUGCAACGAAUUAGAAAUCCCCUUCGACGAUCUUUUUACUCUAGCACAAUCUAACCCUAAGCUAUCUAACUUUGAAAAAUCCAUACAGGAGUUGCUUGUAAAAAAAUAUCCGGAUACGGAUAUCUCCAUAAUAGUUGCUCAAGCUUUUAAAUAUCUUGAAAAUCACUAUAAGGAAUUAAAACAAAAAGCUUUAAAGAAUUAUAACGCAGUAAAUAUUUUGGAUCCAGUAGUAUUUAAAAACUCUAUGAAAUUAUCAUCUGUUCCUCCUCCAUUAUUGUCGUUUGAGGCAUACAAAAAACCUUAAUUUUUUAGGGCUUAUUUAAGAUUAUAUUUAUAAAUAUAGUUUUAGAAAUACAUCUAAAAAUCUAUUAUAAAUAUUAAAAAUUAUCUUGUUUUAAUAAACUAUUAAUACUUACAUCAGAUAAAGCUAUUUGGAAUUAAAAAAUGAUUUAUUAAUACAAUGAUUAUUUAGUUUCUGUAAUAAUUAGGCAAAGACCAUUUCUAAACAUUUCUCAUAUUUCAAAUCUUAUUUUUAUAACUACAUGAAUAAUUUUAAAUAUUAU